AUGCGCCCCUUGACUAUUACCUUGCUUUUCUCCAUACUGACUACAAACCAAGUGUCUGCGAUACUGCCUUAUAGUCUCCCAUACUUUACACCUGGAAGCGAGCGAAGGACUGCAGAGCCACCCCCUGGGAGUACUCUCAGGUUUGUUAAGCCAGCUGCUCUUUCUGGAGUAACUGGAUCACAUUCUUCAUCCUCGGAUUUAGAGAACAGUCUCCCAUCGUCAUUGGCCGCAGUUCCCACAAGCUUGGCAUCCGCCGGAACUUCUCUUCCUGCAUACAGCAGAAUCGUUCAGCCCCCAGGAUCUUCAUCAGCAAACAGCAUUCCGUUUUAUACCAACAGCUCUGCCCACGCCGGUAUCUCUACGACUACGUCAGCCACAGGCACAGGCGUUACGGUCUCUGUCGCAACCACAACUGUUUUCGAGACUGUCACAGUCGUGAACAUCAACGGAUCACCUCUCCCGCUCGACCAACCUGCCGUCACCUACGCCCAACGCGGUGCGCCAUCUAUUCUCAUAUCCGCAGGAUCAGUAGCUCUUGCAUCAACAACGUUUGCUCUUCCAUCGCAGCCGACUACCAUAACCGCAGACGGCGCAACAUUAACUUUUGGCGAAGCGAGCACCAUGAGACGCAUUCUGUCGAAAUUUAAGUCCUCCAAGAAGACGCAAGAGAAGUCUGAGGAUAGGCCCGAGCCAACAACCGCACCAGAUCAAACGUCCACGAGUCCUCCUCCUGCAGAGACAUCCAUCCCUUACAAUGAAGAUUCUCCGUUUGAUCACACUUGGAUACCGUUGCCCGUUAUCGUCAAGAUAGACGGAGUUGACUAUUAUCCUCCGACAGAGCACGAAGAUCCCAUCGAAAUCUUUCUCAAGGACGGCAGCACCGCAUUGCUCGCAUACAAGUCCUUGAAGAUUAGAGACCGAACCGUCGAAAUUCCAGACAAAGUUUCCUCGGACAAAGAGACCAUCGAUGACAUCGAGUUCGUUCAACGCUCCUUUGAGUCGAGCUCUAGCGGAGACGGUGAUUCGGCAGGAGGCUCUUCGGUCAAUCCUUUUGACGCCCUCAAAGGCAUCUUCGCAGGCCUCUCAGUUGCCGCAGGACCUCUGGCGCUGGCCGUCACGGAUUUCAGUGCGAAAGCUAUGAAUGUCGCUCUUAAUGCUCCCGGAGGCGUUCUGUCCGGGCCAGAGUUCAGCUUGGGGAUCGAGCUUCAAGAUCUCACGAAGGACGCCCUUGAACUAGCCGAGCAAGCGUCCCAGUUUCAAAACCAGUUGGAAUCAGCCCGCAUGAACCAAGGUGAACUGGAAAACCAGUUUCAACCAAUCAAUGGCAAAGUAUUCCAGUCAUACCCCAAGUCUAGGGCGGCAACAAACCUGAUAAAGUCGGUGGCUCACAUGCUGCAAAACCUCCACAACAUCCCAGCUGGCCUUCGCCCCGUCAUCACGCAGAAGUUUGGAGAAGUCUUGGUCAAGGGCAUAGCCAGCACCGGCUUCAUGAUUGAGGCUUAUAAUGUCUAUGCCAUUUUGAACAAUAUCAACUGGGAUAACGUCGUGUUGCCCGUUGCGGGAGGGCAGGCGCCGUCAAGCUCUGUGACGCUGGUUCCCACGUCUUCCAUGUCGACCAUGUCAACGUCUACUUCAACAGCUACAAAUACUCCUCAAGUGAACAACAACGGAAGGAAGGGAAAAAUCAUGGUUCCCAUUCCUACGGGACCGCCUCAGACCCGGAUCAUCUCUGCCGCAUAUGGUGCAAUCAGCACAAAGGACUUCAGAAACUUCGCCAAGUGGUUGGAUGGCAGUAUCGGGGAGAUUUAUGGAGCGCACGCUAAUCUUCCAACUGAGAUGGCCUGGCCGGCGUAUUUAACCGACCUAACCUCCGUACAAGAGGAGGCCAUCAAGAAGAUGUCCUGGGUACGAUCGGUUAAACCUAACUUCGAAGUCAAAACGUCGCCUUGUGAAGCGUUCGUUGACCGAAGAAGGAAACCCCGGUUCAGAGACGUGUCGAAUUCUGAAAAGCCUUUGAAUACUGUUAAGAAACGCGAUAUAAGCGUCCGCCUUAGAAGCCCAUCUCACCUAAACAUGAUUUCUGGCGACGUCACCAAAGACUACAAAUAUCAUCCCAGUUUGGGCCAGGGUGUAACAAUUUUCGUUAUAGACACUGGAUUCAACACAGACCAUGAAGAGCUCGCGGGAGGCUCUCGACGUGUCGAGGCCUGGUACGUCGGGAACAAGGCCGUCAUGAAAAACAACCGCUACUAUACGAAUGAGGACCAGUUGGCUCCAGACAACACGAUAGACUAUGCCCACGAGGGGUCAGAAAACACUGGUCAUGGAAGUGGAGUUGCCUGUGUGGCAGGUGGCAGAUCCUUGGGCGUCGCCUCCAACGCCAAUUUGUACUUGGUAAAGUUUAAGGGAGCAGCAAUGCGACAAAACGGGAGGUAUACUAGCAUCGGGGCAACGAAAUCGAGCAUAUAUGCGGCGCUACAGGAAGUUAUUGGAAAAGUGGAUGAGAGGCACCUACAGGGGAAAGCUGUUGUUAACCUCUCGUUUCGUAAGCUUGCCGUAUUAGACGAAGCUGAUGAUUUACCCGAGAUUCAGAAAGACUUCGAGUUCUUCCAGAGGAAUGCAGAGCUGUACGGCAUCGUCGUCGUGAUGGCGGCCGGAAACAAUGGUGAUUUCGGUACAAGAACUGGAGACCACCUCCCCCAGCUUUUGGGUACCCAAGACAAUCAUCUCAUCACUGUCGGCGGUGUAAACAAGGACGGGACGCUGUGGCACAACUCUGAACCCGAGGGCAGAACAUCAUUAUAUAAAGGCCCGCCAGGAAACGAAGGCAAGCUUGGGAGCGUAUCACUAUACGCGCAAAGUGCCGGCGUUGUCACUUGCAUUGGAAAUCCCCUAGACAAGGUGGGAACGAAGCCGCGUGAUGGGACCAGCUUCGCUUCGCCUCAGGUGGCCGGGCUGGUGGCUUACUUCCUCGCACAUCCGGAAUACAGCAAAAACUUCAUACAUGUGCCCAACGUUCUGCCUGGAGGCCCAUCCGUCGGGCUCCGCAUGAAGCUCUUCCUUCAAGCCUUCGCAUCCUUCCAACGACGUCCAUCGAAUGACCUGAUCUCCAAGGACAGAAAACUAGCCCCUGACUAUCCAAUACCGAGCAGCCUACGGGUUGCAUAUAACCUCAUUAAUGGCGAUAUGAAAGACGUCGACAAGCCUCAAUUCGAUGAGGAGAAACCCGACGACCAACAACCGGGGCCGUCGGACGACCAGAAGAAGAAGGAUUCAGAGUCCCGAAAAGAGAGGCAGGGGUGGCGCGACCGUCUCAAGGACAAACUCGACAAAUGCAAGAAUUUGCUAGAACGUGACUUCGACAACGAGGCCGUCAUCGACGUAUGCCAUCCCCCCAGCAUCCUUGACCCGGACUCUCCCACGUCAACAUCGACGACAAGCUUGGUGCCGUCCUCGACAGCCACGCCCAGUCCAGCCAAAUCUUGCUCAAGCGACAACGACUGCGACAGCAUCACCUGCGAGGCAGAAGAGGUCAAGAAAUGCGCAAGCAUGCCAAUGAUCAUCCCCGCCCUCCCUGCACUAAUCCGGACAUGCAGAUGCGUCCCGAAGGAAGAUGCGCAGAUCCCCACCUGCAACACGGACGCGGACUGCGAGAUGCUAAAGUGCGACGAAUCCAAAGCGCAGGAGAAGUCGUGCGUGGCCUCCUUCGGCAUGUUGCCGUCACUCUUCGUACUUCGGCAGUGCAAGUGUACGGAUCCCAAGCCCACUGAGCCCGUCCAACCGUCUCCUUCGCCGCCGCCGCCGUCACCGAAGCCCUCAGCGGCUCCGAACAAAAACCUCCCCAAUCCCCUUUCGUUGUGCGACCCCAAUAACAAAGUCAAAUCCUGCGCGGCCUACACCUCUCAAUAUUGCAAAGCGGAUGAGCGCGCAUCGUGCAAUCACUUCCCGGGAGAACAUCAGUUCUACUGCCAGUGCCAGCAUUACUACGAUCCCAUGCCUACUGAUACCCCGGAUGCGCCGGGAUGCCCGGGGAGAGUCUGUUUCUGA